AUGGACAUGAAGUUAGAUUCAUUUCCAUGGACAAAACUUCAGAAUUAUGAACCAUUUUCUAUUUUUCACACAACAAGACAACACCAAUGUAUACAAACACAAGUUGUUUCUGCAAUAAAAACAACAACAACACGGAGACGACAACGACACAGACAUUCCACAAAAAUGGCUGCUUCUAUUUCUCUUAACACUCACCCAAUGAUACCUAUUUUUGUUGUUUUCCUUCUUGUAUUUGCUUCUUCUAUUUCUCCUGUCUUGUCUCUACCAGCUGUCGUGUCAGAUUCCGGUAACCGGCUAUUAGCCAAUCAAACCUUCAGGCCAAAUAAAGAGUUAUUGAGACUGAAGAGAGUCAAUGCUUAUCUCAAGAAGAUCAACAAGCCUGCCGUCAAGACAAUUCAGAGCCCUGAUGGUGAUGUAAUAGAUUGUGUUUUAUCUCAUCUUCAACCAGCAUUUGACCAUCCAGAGCUUCAAGGAAAGAAUCCCCUGGAUCCACCGGAGAGACCAAAAAGCAAUGAAACAAGAGAGGCAGUGGCAGAGAACUAUCAGCUCUGGGCAGAUUCAGGUGAAUCAUGCCCAGAAGGAACCGUUCCAAUAAGAAGAACCACAGAAAAAGAUGUUUUAAGAGCAAGUUCUGUUAAAAGAUUUGGCAGAAAAUUAAGAAGACAUGUAAGAAGAGACUCAACAGGCAGUGGUCAUGAGCAUGCAGUUGUUUUUGUUAAUGGAGAUCAAUAUUUUGGAGCAAAAGCAAGCAUAAAUGUUUGGUCACCUCAAGUAACCAGUGGAUAUGAAUUCAGCUUGUCACAAAUAUGGGUCAUCUCUGGUUCUUUCGGCAAUGAUCUUAACACCAUAGAAGCUGGUUGGCAGGUCAGUCCGGAUUUAUAUGGAGACGGUUAUCCUAGAUUCUUCACUUAUUGGACAACCGAUGCGUACCAAGCUACAGGAUGCUAUAACUUGCUUUGUUCUGGAUUUGUCCAAACCAACAACAAGAUUGCCAUCGGAGCUGCAAUAUCUCCAAGGUCUUCAUACAAGGGCAGACAAUUUGAUAUUGGCUUGAUGGUUUGGAAGGACCCAAAGCAUGGAAAUUGGUGGCUGGAAUUUGGAUCAGGACUCCUGGUAGGUUAUUGGCCAGCAUUUUUGUUCAGUCACUUGAGAAGUCAUGCGAGCAUGGUACAGUUUGGAGGGGAAAUCGUGAACUCUAGAUCGGCAGGGUACCAUACAUCAACUCAAAUGGGCAGUGGUCAUUUUCCAGAAGAAGGAUUUGGAAAAGCAUCUUAUUUUAGGAAUUUGCAAGUUGUGGAUUGGGAUAAUAAUUUGCUCCCUCUAACAAAUCUACAUCUUUUGGCUGAUCAUCCAAGUUGUUAUGGUAUAAGGCAAGGGAGAAACAAUGUUUGGGGAACUUACUUUUACUAUGGAGGUCCUGGAAGGAAUGUAAGGUGUCCAUGA